GGGGCGUGGUCGUGACGUCACUCGUCAACAUGGCGGACUGGAACAGAGGUCACGACUCUGUGGACGACAUGCUGGACUCUGAAAACAAACGCCUGGCUGAGAACCUGGCCACCAAAGUCUCCAGACUGAAAUCUCUGGCGUACGACAUCGACAGAGAGGCUGACGGUCAGAACGACUAUCUGGACGGCAUGGACUCAAACUUCCUGAGUGCGACGGGCCUGCUGAGCGGCAGCGUGAAGCGUUUCUCCACCAUGGUGCGAUCCGGCAGAGACAACCGCCGCAUCCUCUGCUACGUCUCCAUGGGCCUAGUCCUGGUCUUCUUCCUGCUCUACUACAUGGUCUCCAGGAUUCAACGCUGACAGGACGAAACAAAAACAAUCAGCUAGGAGCCCGAUGUGGAGCUGAGAGCCAAAUACUCUGACGUCAUAUCUCAUCUCUGUGGUUCUACUGCACGGGAAAAAAAGACGUUUUAUUCUGCAACAGGAAGUAGAGAGAAAACAUUUUGUUGAAUCGUUGAAAUGACCAGCAGG